AUGGCCAACAUUCCAAGAAAGAAAGAAAGAAGUGGCCAACAUUCCAAGAAAGAAAGAAAAAAGUGGCCAACAUUCCAAGAAAGAAAGAAAGAAGUGGCCAACAUUCCAAGAAAGAAAGAAAGAAGUGGCCCCAACAUUCCAAGAAAGAAAGAAAGAAGUGGCCAACAUUCCAAGAAAGAAAGAAAGAAGUGCACAUUCCAAGAAAGAAAGAAAGAAGUGGCCAACAUUCCAAGAAAGAAAGAAAGAAAGAAAGAAGUGGCCAACAUUCCAAGAAAGAAAGAAAGAAGUGGCCAACAUUCCAAGAAAGAAAGAAAGAAGUGGCCAACAUUCCAAGAAAGAAAGAAAGAAAUGGCCCCAACAUUCCAAGAAAGAAAGAAAGAAGUGGCCCCAACAUUCCAAGAAAGAAAGAAAGAAGUGGCCCCAACAUUCCAAGAAAGAAAGAAAGAAGUGGCCCCAACAUUCCAAGAAAGAAAGAAAGAAGUGGCCCCAACAUUCCAAGAAAGAAAGAAAGAAGUGGCCCCAACAUUCCAAGAAAGAAAGAAAGAAGUGGCCCCAACAUUCCAAUACAAUGGACAUGGACAUACAAAUAGCAAACGUACACUUGUGAGCUUAGUAAGAAUAGUUCCUGUUGAACAAAACACUUUGUAA